AGGGACAAGCAGGGGAUCUAAUCUAACAGCAGCUCCACUAGGAAAAGGUCGCAACAAUGAAAUCCAUCCAUUCGCUGACUGGUCUCCUUCUGGUCAUCUGCUUUCUCCAGAACAGCUGGCAGGUUCCUCUGCAAGAGGCCGACAACAGCUCCAGUUUUGAGGCUGAGGGAACAUUACUGGACGAGCUGAGGGACCUGUCGAACAUGAAGAGACACUCAGAGGGAACCUUCUCCAACGACUACAGCAAAUAUCUGGAGGAGAGGAAGGCGCAGGAUUUCGUGCGGUGGCUGAUGAACAACAAGAGGAGUGGUGUUCCAGAGAAACGCCACGCUGAUGGAACCUUCACCAGCGACGUGAGCUCCUACCUCAAGGAGCAGGCAGUCAAAGACUUUGUGGCCAGGCUCAAGUCUGGGCAAGUCCGAAGAGCAUCUGAAAUGGACAGGACGGGUGAGUCGUUCAGCAGGAGGCAUGUAGAUGGGAGCUUCACCAGUGAUGUGAACAAAGUCCUGGACUCCAUGGCUGCCAAGGAAUAUUUACUCUGGGUCAUGACCUCGAAACCUUCAGAGGAAAGUAAGAAAAGACAAGUGGACCAAUGA